AUGGCGAUACUACAGGCCAACCUACACCACGCUAUCGCAGCCUCUGCGGUCAUAGAAAAGAUCUUCAGCGAAGGUGGCCUGGACAUCGCCCUCAUUCAAGAACCAUGGAUAAACGCCGACUCCAUGGUAGCUGGUCUGAACAACGCUGAACUUUGCAGCGAAGAUACUGUCACCGCGUACGUAGAAGUCAAAGGGCCGAACAGGUCCAAAGUACUCUUCUGCUCGGCAUAUCUUCCUGGAGAUAAGCAAGAUCCCACUGAAGAACUGACUAACGUCCUGGAAUACUCUAGAAGACAAAAGUCGGAACUGAUAGUGGGAUGCGAUGCUAACGCCCACCAUACCAUCUGGGGAAGCUCGGAUACCAACAUGAGAGGGCUGGUAGAAGCUCAAUAUCCAAGAGUAAGAAAUCCAAAAGACACCUCCUGGGAUAUGUAUUUAACCCUGCUCAGUGAGAAUCUAAAGGAUAUACCCAAAACUAUCAAAACACCGGACUCUCUUAAUGCCGCGGUCAAAAUGCUCAAUAAUGGCAUAAUCAAUGCCUACGAACGAAGCUGCCCCGAAAAAGAAGUAAAAUCUAACAAAUCACCAAUGUGGUGGAACAAGAAGCUAGAAAAGCUCAGGGCCAUCACACGUCGUAUAUUCAACCGUGCCAAACCGUGCGACUGGGACAAGUACGGAAAGGCCCUAACAUAA